AUGGAAACAUACUUGAUCUCUAUUGAUGUAAAUGAGUGGAACAUUGUUACUACAAAAUAUGUUGUUCCUACUUCUAUUCCUUCAGAUCCUGAUGCUAAAACUCAAUAUGAGUUAAAUGCUAGAGCUAAGCAUGCUCUGUUAUGUGGUCUCACCAAGGAUGUGUUUGUUAAAGUUAUGCAUUGUGCAUUUGCUAAUGAAAUAUGGAGUAAGCUAGAAACCAUUUAUCAAGUUGUGAAUUCGAGAAGGGGUCUUGGUGAAAAUGUUGAUGAAAAAGAUGUUGUCAGAAAAGUUAUUAGAACAUUACUUCCUAAAUAUGAAACUAAGGUGUCCACUUUAGAAGAAAAGAAAAGUUUUUCUACUAUGUCUCUUGACAGCCUUCAAAGCAUACUUACAGCUUAUGAAAUGAGAAUUGGUAGUAAUUCUUCUAAUUCUAAAGAAACUGCUUUUAAAGUAGAAAAGAAAGAGGAACCAGAUAGUGAGUCUGAACUUUCAGAUGCUAUAGAAGCCCUGCUAGUAAGAAAGUUAAAAAAAAAAUAUAAGGGAAAACUACCCUUCAAAUGCUUUAAUUGCGGUGAUGAAACUUUGUUUAUGGCUGAAAUAGAAACUUCCUCAAGGAAAGAUAUAAUGAACAUAUCAGAAGAUAAAUCUGAUGACUUAGAUCAAGGUGAAAGUGAUCUUGAAGGAGAAUUGCUUUGUGCUCUUAAGGAAAUCAAAAGACUAAAGAAGCUUGUAGUUUCUCAUGAAAGUGAAAUUCAAAUUUUGCAAAUUGAAUUAAAAGAUUCAAAGCAAACAGUUGAAGAUUUAAAAGUUUUACUUGCUGAUAGUGAAUUGAAAGUUAAUACUUUGGAACAGCAAACUAAUUCUUUGCAUAAGCAGAUUGAGCAGUAUGAAAGUACCUUGCAUUUAAAUGAAAUUUUAAACAAACAAAAACUAUGCAAGAAUAUGACAGGUGUAGGUUUUGAGAGUGCUAAAUCAGCAAAACAGAUUACUAAACCUACAAAUAGAAACCAAUUUUAG